CAGAUAAAAAUAUUAAAAACAAACAUUUAAAUUUAAAAAAACUGCUACAUCUGUAAGUUAGUCGAUUGUCAAGUAUCCAAAUUCGAAAAAAAAUGUAGAUUUAUAUUUUCAAUAUCUUCGUUUUUGAAACGUUGUGAUCGUGUUGCUAUUUACUAGUAAUUUAUACUGUUUUAAAAUUACAAAAGCAAAAGAGUUUCGAUUAAACAACAAUUUUAUAUCAAAAUCUAACCAUUGAAAUCAAUGGUACUCAACCCGAGACAUCUCAACUAUUGUAUCCUGUCAACCUUGUCGUUCAUACUAGGAUGCACGAUAACACUUUUUUUUCUACACUCCAACACAUUGAAACCGAACCCCGCAUCUGUGGUUGGACGUACAAAGUACACCGUGCUCGUUGUAGUCGUAUCGGCUGUGAAAAACCAUGACCGCCGAGAUGCGAUUCGAGAGACGUGGGCGAGGGCUGAUCAAAACGUUCGAGUGUUAUUUGCAUUGUCCAAAGACCAAUCGCUGUACGAUGAAAAACUAUUGUACGGCGACAUAGUGGAAGUAAAUGUACCCGAUGAAUAUCGAUUGCUUAGCAAAAAGCUAUUGGAAUCUUUGAUAUUAAUUAGUAGUUACAAUUUUCAAUAUUUGUUGAAAUGCGAUGAUGACACGUUUGUCGAUUUGCCAAAAGUUGUUGGUGAAUUAGAGGGUAUGCCCAAAAACAAACUCUAUUGGGGUUAUUUCAAUGGCAUAGCUAACGUCAAGAAAUUUGGCAAAUGGAAAGAAGACGAAUGGUCUUUAUGUGAUAAAUACUUACCGUACGCUCUAGGUGGAGGGUAUGUUCUGUCCAAUGAUCUUGUCACCUACAUAGUAAAUAAUCGAGAUUAUUUAAGUUUAUUUAUUAGCGAGGAUGUCACUGUUGGUGCUUGGUUAGCUCCUUUGAACAUUACGCGAAAACACGAUCGUCGUUUCGAUACUGAAUACUUGAGCCGCGGAUGUAACAAUCUACAUCUAGUGACACACAAGCGAAGUCCGCCCCUGAUGAGGUUAUACUGGUCACGGAUACAAAAUACCGGAAAAAUGUGUGAACACGAAUACAGAGAGGCAAAUUCGUACGAGUAUAACUGGACGGUCUUACCAUCAAAAUGUUGUAAAAGGAAUCCGAUGUUAUCACCUUAAAAUAAAUAUAAAAAUAAAAGAAUUCGUAAAAUUAUUUUAUUUCUAUCUAAAAAUCGAUGUCACGAUUAAAUUACAAUAUGUAUAUACACAAUAAUUACAAUAGCAUAUUUAAGUAUCAAAUAGAUGUAUUACAUCACAGUAUAAUAUCU